AUGGCUGGAGCCAACCACUCUAUGGUGUCUGAGUUUGUGUUCCUGGGACUCUCCAAUUCAUGGGAGAUCCAACUCCUUCUUUUCCUUGUUUCCUCCAUGUUCUACAUGGCAAGCCUGAUGGGAAACCUCCUCAUUAUGUUUUCUGUGACCUCUGACUCCAACGUACACUCCCCCAUGUACUUCCUGUUGGCCAACCUCUCCUUUCUUGACCUGGGGGUUUGCUCUAUUGCAGCCCCCAAAAUGAUUUAUGACCUUUUUAGAAAGCACAAAGCCAUCUCUUUUGGGGGUUGUAUAACUCAGAUCUUCUUCAUUCAUACUAUUGGGGGCACAGAAAUGGUGCUGCUCAUAGCCAUGGCCUUUGACAGAUAUAUAGCCAUAUGUAAGCCUCUACACUACUUGACUAUCAUGAGCCCAAGAAUGUGCAUUUUAAUUUUGAUUGCUGCCUGGAUCCUUGGCCUCAUCCACUCAGUGGCCCAGUUGGCUUUUGUUAUAGAUUUACCAUUUUGUGGCCCAAAUGUAUUGGAUAGUUUUUACUGUGAUCUCCCUCAGCUCAUUAAACUUGCUUGCACAGAGACCAAUAAACUUGAGUUCAUGGUCACAGCCAAUAGUGGACUCAUCUCUGUGGGGUCCUUCUUCAUAUUAAUUAUUUCUUACAUCUUCAUUCUGGUCACUGUUCGGAAACAUUCUUCAGGUGGUUUAUCCAAGGCCCUCUCUACCUUGUCAGCUCACGUCACUGUGGUGGUGUUAUUCUUUGGGCCGUUAAUCUUUUUCUACACCUGGCCCUUCCCCUCCUCACACUUGGACAAAUUUCUUGCUAUCUUUGAUGCAAUUCUCACUCCUUUUCUGAAUCCAGUCAUCUAUACAUUCAGAAACAAGGAGAUGAAAUCAGCAAUGAAGAAACUUUGCCGUCAGCUUGUGAGUUACAGGAAGCUGUCCUAA